AUGGAUGAUACCCUCUUGCCCAUAACUUAUAGACCUAUUGUGCUAUUUUCAAUAGGCUUAUGGGGAUGGGCUCUAGAUCUAUUCAUCCUAGCGAAAUGUGGCAUAGACACGAAUUCAAUAUUACAAUUAAAUAACGAAAAACACUCACCUUUAUAUACUCCUAUAUUCUAUUUAUCUGGGAUCUUGUCUUUGAUCGUCUCUUUAUGCCUUGUCUCUCAUUACUUGUACAAUCCAUCACCUUCUAAUGCCAUCAUUCCAUACAUCCUUGCUCUCAUUCUCUUAUUGUGGCCCAGUCAAUUAUAUAAAAAGGAACGCACACGCUUUAUUAGAAUGUUAAAGAGGAUAUUUAUGCCUAAUUUACGUGCACCUGUCUUUUUCUCAGACAUAAUCUUGGCAGAUAUGUUGACUAGUUUCUCUAAUGUCUUUGGUGAUCUAUUCAUUGCAGUCUGUGUCAUGGUCACAGGGUAUCCUUCAACGUAUUUCUUGGAUACAACAGAGAACAUAUACUGUAAGGAUAUGGCUGUACCAUUCAUCAUAAGUGUUCCUUAUUUGAUCCGAUUACGGCAAUGUAUUUCAGAAUACAUAGAAACAAGAGAACAGCGACAUUUAUAUAACGCGCUAAAAUAUGCUACUUCAAUACCUGCCAUUAUCUUUUCAGCCAUUCAAAAGAAAGCCAACGUGUAUAUCACCGAAUCAGGGCAAGUGCCAAACUCAUGGUAUCUAAAUGAGAUACAUGUCUUUAGAUUUUGGGUCAUUUUUGUAUUUAUUAAUUCAAUGUAUUCAUUCUGGUGGGAUGUAUCCAUGGAUUGGAAUCUCAUCACGUUUACCAAACAACAUCAACAACAGCAACCGACAAUUCACUUUAGAAAACAACUCUUUUUUUCACAACCAGUUUACUACGCCUUGGCUAUAUUUAUUGAUUUUCUAUUACGCAUCACAUGGAGCUUCAAACUCUGUUCACAUCUACUCAUUCGACAGUUGGAUGCUAGUAUCUUUUUGUUGGAACUGAUGGAAAUAUUCAGAAGAUGGAUUUGGGUAAUCUUUAGGAUAGAAAAUGAAUGGGUCAAAAAGGUGUAUAGCUCUCUACCCUCUGUAGACACACUGAGGUUGAGUAGAUUAGAUAGAAAGAGUCCAUCUGGUCUGCUAUCACCUAUUGUAGAGGAAGAAGAUCCAGCACCUUUCUCUUCAAAUAUAGAAUAA